UUAACAAGACAGCGACGGGGAAGCACACUUGCAACUCAGGUGACAAACAGGUUGACUACUGCGAUGGUAAACUAAUCAGACGUGAGAACAUCCGCGCCAAGUUUCGGUCCGCUACGGAGGGGCCAACAGACAAAACAUGCUUUCUGGUUUUUGACCUUUUGGACCGAUAUGAUCGUUUGAAACCUGAGUUCAGGUACCAUCCGGUUAAAAAGGGCUCUGGUGUUUGGAGCGCCAGACUCGACGACGACAACAUCUUUUUGAUCGAAGCCUUGGACGUUGGUAGGCAGUAUCGCCAGCUUGGGCAGGGCAGCAGACUUGUGAGAGCUAUGCUGGAAAGAGUCAGGGAAAAAACUCGAGGUUUUGUUGCUACUGCCCGUCCUGAUGUUCUAAAUAGCGAAGUGCAAUGUGAGAUCAACGGGGAAUCGGCGGCCGGCAAGAAAACAGCAGAAUUGGCCGACAGGAAUAUUCCAACACGUUUCUGGCGGUCCUUGGGCUUUCAGUGAAUCGGCUCGUCUGCUUGGUUUGGACUCGCCUCGGACUUAGAACACCCAAGUUAACACCUAGGAGCAGACGACGAUUACGAGAUUCCAGCACUUCCGUUGAGCCUACUAGACCCUGAGGUGGGAUGUAACCUGAAAAAUGCGUUGGAGUCCACCGACAACGACUAUAUAAAGGUUCUUAACCAGGUCUUUGACGACGCGGCCGGAGAUGAUCCGCGAUGGACUUCUACAGGCGCACACGGAAACACUGUUUUACACCUUGCUGCAGCCAAAGUCAAGCCGAAUAGGGCCCAGUGGAUUCUGAGCAGAACUCAAGUGCUACUCCAACCGCGCAAUGGUCAAGGCAAGACUCCGUUGGAUGUUCUACUAACAAAUCUCGAGGCCAGUAGGACAACAAGUCGCUUCAAUGGGUUGACUGAAGACGUUUCGGAUCAGUUCGCUGGAUUCAGCGACACAGCUGUUGUAUGCUUUAUCUCUCUCGAUGGCGGUAUCAAAGUGACCGGCGUCGACUGGCAACGCCUGAAGUAUGGAUGCACAUGCAGGCAAUACCUCUCCGAAUUUCUGAGUCCCCGGAUGCAUUUUGCCUUGGAUUGUCAGGUAAGCAUAUAGUCUGAUCUUCUUCUUGAAGACAUUGAUGAGGGGAAGUUCUGGGUUUGAUCAAAUCAUACCUGUCUCACUUUCCUCCCGCGUGAUGUGCAGAACAAUCCCAAGUCUAGUAAGUCUAUGAGGAAGGGAUUCAUGAACCUCUGCAGCCAUAUCGCCACCUGCCUCCGAAGAAAUAUUAUUCCGAAAGAACAAAAUGUGGCGAUGGCAUUGCGUGAUGCGAGCGAGUGGCCACCUACUUCUAGGCAGUUCUUACAACGUGGUGGGAGCGUUGGUGCGGUCGCCACCAUGCUUUUCCAAAGGGCCAUAGAAAGCGAUGAAUAUGCUGGAGAUCCUUUGCACACGGAGACUUUUGGGGACAGGAUUCAACAGCUUCCUGAAUGCAGGAAUGACAAGUAAUUUGGUUUUGUCAGUGAAAUAUGUGGGUAUGAGAGAGUGUUACCCUUGAAUUACGCCUUGGCUUAAUAUAUACCGUCCCCGCUCGACAGCACUUUAUUGUUCCGUAAGGGGAGAACUAUUUUAAACAGCAAGUGAACAUAAUUGCUAAUCAGAAAUCAUGCCAUAGUU